AUGAACUGCACUAUUAACCCAACCUCAGCCUGUGAAACUAGCUUUUGCGGUGAUGGCCAGAAGAGUUGUCUGGGGACUAUCUCUAGUCCGACAAGCCAAGUUCUAGAUGAGCUGGAGAAUGCUACGGCAAACACAUUCGAAGACUGGAUGAUUUCAUCGGCACAUUCAUGGCUUGGGAGCUCGGUUCAAGAUUCGGUCUUCGGGAAUACUUCCUGGGACCCGUUUGAAAAGGUAGCUGCCACCAAAAGUCAAGCAGCUAGUCAGCCGAACGAAAUCGCACCUCCAACAGAGCCUCCGCAGCUGAACUUCGUUCCCAACUUAGAAGAAACAGCCCUUGACCUCAGUAUAUUGCCAGAUGGUUUUAUGCCGAACUUCCCUUCGGUAAAAUUUAUGCCUACCACGAAGCAUCUACAUCGCCACGAGAAGACAGAAGAAGGGCAUAUCAAACUGGAACUUCCCCUCGGGCAGCCGACUCCCAUCGACAUUAUAGAGAAAUCUCGAGAUGCUCCAAGGGAGCCCCGUCGGGGCUCUAGACCGCGUCGAAUGUCGACGAGGGCACUUAAGGCACAAAAUGCCAACAAGAAAGAACCAAGGGCCGCCCCAAAAGCAAGCGAGGUCUCAUCAAAACGCAGAAAAUACUUGCACGAUAAUUCAAAAUCUCACUCAGCUCAGCACAAUAAAUGUCGCCCAACAUGUUCUUCAUCUAAUAGCCCUGCAAUCUCAGCAGAAACGCGCACGAACCACAAUCUUAUUGAAAAGCAGUAUCGCAACCGUCUAAACAUACAAUUUGAAUCGCUGAUGGGGACCCUACCGAAGGGGAUCCUAGGCGAGAAGAAAGCUGGGAAGGCCGAGGUGUUGGUAUAUGCUAAUAAAUAUAUACAGGAGUUGGAGCAAGAACUAAAGGACGUGGAAGCGAAAAAUUCGGCUUUACAGAGGAGUGUAAAGGGCUUGGAGCGGAGGUAUCUUGUAAUGAUGCAGUAG